GCAGACAGACUUUUAGAAGAUGUGGAACAUGACUGGCAGUGCAGUAACCGAGUUUGUUCUCCUUGGGCUCACGGAUUGUCCAGAGCUCCAGCCUGUGCUCUUCGUGCUGUUCCUUGCGGUUUACCUCCUCACCCUCUCGGGCAAUAUGGGCAUGAUAAUGCUGAUCAGACUGGACUCCCGCCUUCACACGCCCAUGUACUUCUUCCUCAGUAACUUAGCUUUUGUAGACCUGUGCUAUACCUCAAACGCAACCCCACAGAUGCUGACUAAUUUCUUAUUAGAGAAGAAGACCAUUUCCUUUGCUGGCUGUUUUACACAGUGUUACAUUUUCAUUGCGCUUCUCCUCACCGAGUAUUACAUUCUGGCAGCAAUGGCCUAUGACCGCUAUGUGGCCAUAUGCAGCCCUCUGCGGUACAGUGCGAGGAUGUCCAGGCGAGUGUGCAUUUGCCUGGCCAUGUUUCCUUACGUCUAUGGCUUCUCAGAUGGGCUAUUCCAGGCCAUCCUGACCUUCCGUCUGACCUUCUGCAGAUCCAACGUCAUCAACCACUUCUACUGUGCAGACCCGCCACUCAUUAAGCUUUCUUGCUCUGAUCCCUAUGUCAAAGAACAUGCCAUGCUCAUCUCAGCUGGCUUCAACCUCUCCAGCUCCCUCACCAUCAUCCUGGUGUCCUAUGCCUUCAUUAUUGCUGCCAUCCUCCGGAUCAAAUCAGCAGAGGGGAGGCACAAGGCCUUCUCCACCUGUGGUUCCCACAUGUUGGCUGUCACCCUGUUCUAUGGGACACUCUUCUGCAUGUAUGUAAGACCUCCAACAGAUAAGACUGUGGAGGAAUCCAAAAUAAUAUCUGUCUUCUAUACCUUUGUCAGUCCAGUGCUUAAUCCACUCAUCUACAGUCUGCGGAACAGAGAUGUUAAGCAGGCUUUCAGGAAUGUGCUGAGACGAAAUAUAGUCACUAUUGUGACAACACCUUCACUUUCCAAUAGAGAAUAA